UGCAAGCCCACGUAGUGAUAAAUUACAUGAAGAAGAAGCCAUUCUAGUCUCUUCCAUUCAUUUUAAAAUACGUCAUUUUGCAGAGGGUUUCAUUUUCAUGGAUCGAUUGAACAACGGCAAAGGCCGACCGUGUGCCUGCUGAGCCGUUCGUUGCAUCUUUCGAUUUGGAAAACUUGCAGUUUGCGCUAUUUUUUCUCGUCCAAAACGACCCAGAUAAUCUGUCGGACGAAAAAUUUGCCCGGCUUCGAUAGAAUGUAAGAAUCCCUGGAAGUUAAUUUGAUUUGAGAUAGAAGAGGAUCGACUGCACCGUCCAUUAAUCAUGAACCACUUUCGUGCCUAUUGGUGCUGGAAUGCACUUAAUUUUUGUGGAAUAUUUAUAGGCAGGAAAUUGGGUUUGGUAGUGCUAUUUUCUAUAAACAGAAGCUAUGCCAGGGGAUGCCGCAGCGGGGGAGAUUCUGAAGCUGUGGGUAUGCAGUGUGGUAUGUAGCAUUUGGGGAGAAUUGCUGGAUGCUGGUUAACAAAGAAUUGUAUGGGUUUCGAAGUAAUCUGUUUGUUUGACGCGGAUGAAAAAGCCUUACUUUAGAUGGGUGUUUGUAAUAUUCCCUCAAGGUUGUCAUCAAGGAAGAGCUUCAGAGUCGAGCGAUUGAUUUCUAAGUUUGGUACCUAAUAACAGCAGUUUCUUCUAUUUCAAUUUGAAGAAAAGGAAAUUGAAAUUCCUUACAUUAUAACUCUUGUAAUAAGUGCUAUAAAUGCCCUAAGCAGCAAUGGGUUUGCCUAGACUAUAUGGUGAUGAAACUUCUGAGGAGGCUGCAAUUCUGUCAAAUAGCUCAUCGGGAACUACGCCACAAUUCACUAGGAUAAGCAGCUCUAUCUUUGAUGAAUCACCUGAAAGCCAAAGAGAUGAUUUGGAGAAUGUCAAGACAAUAGGUUAUAUAUCGGCCAAUGCUAGAGGUAUAUCUAACACUGGCUCUGGAGAUUUAGAAAAGAAAAAUGUCUUUGAGUUCCCUAAGUGCCCACACGUUCAUAUUCCAUCAAGAGUUGAUGAAAAGCAGAGUGGCCUGAAAUUGACUCAAGGAAUUACCAACCCAGCAUCUAGAGUAGUUGGCUUUAAGUCUCCUAGUGGUUUGCCCUCUGGUAAUGUACAAACAAUAAUCUCUGGAGGCUUCCAAUAUCAUACACCAUCUUACACAUGUGGAGAUAAUUCUGAUUUGCCUUCACAGCAGAUCAGGAAACGAACACUAUCCCCUCUUAGUGGCAUGUUUCCAUCUGGCCAUGGUGGGAUUCUCAGUGGAUAUAUUGAAAAUGAAAGAAAAGAUUUGCUGGGGUUUUCUGAAAGCUAUGCAAAUGAAACAAAAGAGGUAAACUACAACUCUGAUAGGCAUGAUUUCAAGAAAGCAAAUUGUGCUGAUUGCUCACCAAGCAUGCCAUUGCCUAUACCGAGGUCUCAUAAAUGGGAGCAUCAUGCAAGUGUAGAUCGCAAUUGCUCUAUUAUUACAACUGAUGGUCCUUUGCUUGAUGGUGUAAAGAUCUUAACCCCAAAUUGUCAUUUUUUGGGUGCUUUCCAGCAGCAGUCCCACAAUGGAUUAAAGAAGAAAGUUACAGGCAGAGCAGUAGUUAGUAAAUGUUCCAAGUCUCCUCCUCAUCUUUCCUUGUCUCCUCUUGGGCCGAGAUGGCAUGAUAGAAUGAGAUUGAACUACCAUGCCAUGCCUGAAAAUGGUGAAGCUGCAGAUGCUAAUUCUCCAUCAUCAAGGAAUCUUAAUAUUAUACAUGAAGAGUGCCAGAUAGACAAUACAUCUGUUUUGGAGAAUGAAAUUGUAAUUGCAAGAAAAUCAUUUCAGGAAUUUGGAAUAUUCUAUAAGGAUUUAUCACCCUCUAAACCUCAUGAGUAUGCAGCUGAGGGGACACAAUGUGGUCGUGAAUCAACUUCGGCACCUCAGACUGGGAUUAAGAUACAUAGAAGUUUAAGUGGGCUGCCAACAAGAAGGUCUCUUGUUGGGUCAUUUGAAGAAUCUCUUCUCUCGGGCAGGUUUUCAUCUGGGAAAGCUAGUCAGAAGAUUGAUGGAUUUCUUGCGGUACUUAAUGUGAGUGGAGGGAGUUUUUCUCCACCAUCACGGAAGCUUCCGUUCUCAGUUACUUGCGUAGACGGAAAUAGUUCCUUACUUUACUAUGCAUCUGUUGAUCUUGCGGGAAAUUUACCUCAAAACAAGUCAAAAGGGGGCAGAUCAAAGAAAAAUGGCAACUAUGAGGAUUCUCGAGCUGCCAGGAGUCGUUUUCGGAUUCCUGUCAAAGGUCGCAUACAACUGGUCCUUAGCAAUCCUGAGAAGACACCAGUACAUACUUUUAUGUGCAACUAUGAUUUAAGUGACAUGCCUCCUGGGACAAAGACAUUUAUGCGGCAUAAGGUCACCUUAGCUUCGAGUGGAUUGACAGCAACCUCACAGAGAGAGAAUUCUCCAAGGAGUCGAGAUAUGGCUGCAUCAGCAAUUCUACAUAAUAGGAGUUCACUGUUCAGUGAGAGGCCGCUUGACACAGGAAGUGCAGAGAAUGUUUGUAGCAUGAGAUCUGGAAAUUUAAUCACUUUAUUGAAAGAUGAAACUUCCGAGGCUAGGAAUUGUACAUAUUCAGAAAAUUCUAUGAAUAAUGAUAUUUACAAAGGGGCUGUUGAGUCUGCCAGAGUAAAUUCAACUGCACUAGCACCUAACAACAUUUUGGAUAGAAAAUCUACUACCAAUUUCACUGUGAAUGAAAGAAAAUUUCCUGAUGAUUUAAAACUUUAUCAAGACCAGGAAUUCCACAAGGAAGAUGACAGCCCAAUGGAUAUUUGUGAUAAAUCUGGCAAGAAAUCUGUACAUAAUUCUGCCAAGGUUAAUGAAAAUAUGUCAGGUGGAGGUGUUCUUCGAUAUGCACUGCAUCUCUUUUUUCUCUGCCCUUCACUCAAAAAGGGCUUAAAUGCACCACUAAAAUGCAACUCAGAUUCUUUGCUACCAUCUGCAAUUUCAGACAAUUCUAUGCAAGUCGAAGAUGAAAGGCGUUUCUACUUGUACAAUGACCUACGAGUUGUUUUCCCACAACGGCAUUCAGACGCAGAUGAGGGCAAGUUGCAAGUGGAGUGUCACUUUCCAGCAAAUCCGAAGUACUUUGAUUACAGUAACUGAAGAAUUCCUUGUUCAAUAUUGGGGGUGCCAAGCUAACUGUAAAUACGGUAAUACCCCAUGGUAGUCUAUUUAUUGACAUACCUUGUAAAGAAUUUGAUUCAAGCAAUUGCUGUUAUGUGAAAUUUGGCUUCUCAACAAUAAUGUAAUUAUCAAUUUGAGAUGUCAACAGAAUUUAGGUUGUAAAAUUGACUUUCUAAUUCAUUUAUUUGAUGCACAUUUUUGGCCCAUUGGCAUAAUAUGUUUGGCAUUUGGGCUUUUGAUUGUUGAUGUAAAUUCAUGGAACUUUACAACAGCAACAUGCUGUUAGCUAAAUCUCCUGUCAAAAAUCAUGUAAAUUCGUCAUACACAUCACUAAAAAUAAUAUCAAUGCAAUUGAGAUCCAAAGUUAAGAGGA